AUGGCAAAGGUUUCUAGCAAGAAGACUUCGGUCAAGAAGACCGAGUCUUCCAAGACCACCAAGGCCAUCCCCCCUCAGCUGAUCGCCUCAGUCGCGGCUUUCUUGUCGGACAACUUCCCCGAGACUAGCACCGCCUUCACCAAGGAAGUUGCAAAGUCGGGCAAGAAGAGCGAUGCGAAAAAUGUCCCAUCUCUCUUGGGACUCUUCCAAGCAUCCGAGCAGGGAUCCAGCGUGAAGAAGUCUGCUAGCCCCAGUUCUUCUUCCAGCUCAAGCAGCAGCUCCGGUAGCGACUCGGAUGUUGAGAUGGGCGAGGCCACUCGCUCGUCCUCCCCCUCUUCGUCUUCUUCUUCCAGCUCUGACAGCGAUGCGGAUGAUGAGGAUGAUGAUAAGUCUCCUGCGGCUCCCACCCCUGCCUCGGCCAAGAAGUCUGCCGGUGUGAAGCGCAAGGCCGAGUCUAGCAGCGAGUCUAGCAGCUCCUCCGACUCUGACUCGUCCUCUUCGUCCGAAGACGACAGCCCUAAGGCUAAGAAAGCCAAGACCUCCGCCACCCCCAAGGAGGCAUCUUCCUCUUCGUCCUCAUCCGAGUCUUCGUCCUCGUCUUCGGAUUCUUCUAGCUCUGACUCCGAUUCCUCGUCGAGCUCCUCUUCGUCUUCCUCUUCGAGCUCUUCUUCGUCUGAUUCGUCCUCCGAUUCCUCCUCUGACUCUUCUUCCGACUCCUCUUCCGACUCCUCCUCUUCCUCCGACUCUUCUUCCGAGUCCGAGUCCGAGUCUGAGAAGGAAUCCAAGAAGGCCCUGAAGACGGCAAAGAAGACUCCUCUCCCCGAGUCCUCCGAUUCCUCUUCUGAUUCGGAGUCUUCUUCCUCAUCCGGGAGCAAAACCCUCGCCAAUUCUCCCGAGACCGAGACCAAGCCGGCCAACAAGGCGGUGGAAGCUGUGCAGACCACCUCCUCGAGCGCCAGCCCCGCUCCUGGCAACGGACCUGCCAAGAAGAAGCACGUCGGAGCUCGCCCUACCCCUCUCGCUCUCCUGAGCGAGCUGCCUCAUGACCACCCCUCGAACGACUACAUGUCGUACGCCUACGCAGAGCGCGCCUGGAAGGACCUGUCUGUGACUCGCGGCAAGGGAUUCACCAAGGAAAAGAACAAGAAGAAGCGCGGCUCCUACCGCGGCGGUCCCAUCGACAUUGGCCCCGCCACGACCUCUUUCAAGUUCGAGGACUAA